AUGGCAGCUUGUUUGCGCUUUACUCGACGUGUCUGGAAGUCGUUUGUAGACAACAAGGGCCAUGAUCAAGUAUGCUUCCCGAACCUUAGAAUCUUAGACGCAAAACCCGGCUCUGUUCAAGCGUCCCUGAAGAUUGAGCCCUAUAAUCUCAACAGAGUCGGGACUGUGCAUGGGGGCCUUAUCAUGUCUCUCACUGACACUCUAGGGUCCCUUGCGGUGGCCUCCAAGGGGCAGUACAUGACCGGCGUAUCAGUUGAUAUCGGCACCUCCUUCGUCAAGCCGGCCGGUCGUACGGGUGAUGAGCUGCGGGUCAGCGCCGUUGUGACGGGCAUAGGGAAAUCGCUUGCAUACACCCGUGUUGAGUUCUUCAAUGCGUCUGGCCAGCUCGCGGCGUAUGGACAUCAUACAAAAUACAUCGGCAAAUCUGCAGGCCAUGAGAACGAUGUUAAGUUUUCCGAAGAUGGAGAGACGCUCAUCGAAGGCGAGGACGUUGACUAG